GGGAUUAGUUCAUCCCAAAAUAGUGGUUUUUUCUUUUUAACAUUGGUACUAAAAACAGCAAGCUUUGACGUCUGUCAACUCAAUUAACCCAUAUUGUUAUAUUUUGUAUGGAUUUCGAUUAUUUAAUAAAAUAAAAAUGCCUUGUUGGUAUUACGAUAAAAAAGAAUUAAAAAAUACCCCCUCAUCGCAAGAUGGAAUAGAUUACGAUAUGGAAGUGAGAUACCGAAAAGAAGGUGCUCGGUUUAUAAUGAGUUUAGGUACAAAAAUGGAUUUGGGUUAUAACACAACAGCUACAGGAGUGGUAUAUUUCCAUCGAUUUUACAUGUUUCACUCAUUCCGACAAUUUCCUCGCUAUGUAACCGCUUGUUGCUGUUUAUUUUUGGCUGGAAAAGUUGAAGAAACCCCUAAAAAAUGUAAAGACAUUAUAAAAACAGCGCGGGGUUUAUUAUCCGAUCAAAAAUUCGCCCAAUUUGGGGCUGACCCGAAAGAGGAAGUUAUGACGUUAGAAAGGAUUUUGUUGCAAACUAUAAAAUUUGAUUUGCAAGUUGAACAUCCCUAUGGGUAUUUAAUUAAAUAUGCUAAAUGUUUGAAAGGGGAUAAAUCGAAAUUGGAGAAAAUGGUACAAAUGGCUUGGACAUUUGUAAAUGAUAGUUUAUGUACAACAUUAGCUAUUCAAUGGGAACCUGAAAUAAUUGCGGUUGCGUUAAUGUAUUUGGCUGGAAAAUUAAGUCAAUUUGAAGUUAUGGAUUGGACAGGAAGGACGCCCAAACACCUCCGAUGGUGGGAUAUGUUUGUGGAAGAUGUUACCAUGGAUUUACUUGAAGAUAUUUGCCAUCAAGUUCUCGAUUUGUAUUCACAAACCAGUAAUCAAGUUCCUGAUAGUCCUCCAUUAGCACCUCGAGUGCCAAAUCAACCACAACAACUACCUCCAACUCCAUUAAAACCAACAAAUGGGCAGGAAAAAACUGAACCAACACCUCCACCUAUUAACCCACCACCUCCAGAUAUCCCUCCACCAUUUCCAUUUGGUGCAAUGCCUCCUACUGAGCCCUAUAAUCCUUAUCCCUUUGCUGCACCACCAAUUCCCGCGCAUAUUGCACCACCACCCCCUGGCCCACCUCCACCUCAUAUUGCUGCUCCUCCUCCAAUUGGAGUUUUCCCACCAUUUGGGGGGCCACCGGGACAUUUUCCACCUCCAAUGCCGCCAAAUCCACCAAACAACUUUUAUACACCUCCUCCCAAUACUGGCGCACCACCACCUAAUAUGAGGCCUCCUUAUUAUAAUUCAUAGAUAUUUUAUUAAAUAUUAUUUGUGUUGAUUUAAUUAUUAAUAAGAAUAAAUUUUUU